UAUUUAAUUUACAUGGGAAUAACCAAGAUGAUGUCUUUUCCUGACCUAACCAAAAUUUUCGCGGUCAAUUUUUUACAUAUACUUUAUAUAUAUGAAUUUAUUUUUUCCUCAAUGUAAUCAAAUGCGGGAAAUAACUGGUGACAGGUAUAUAUAUUUGCCACCAUUUGCUUUUUCCGGGAAGAUUUACGUUUGAUUUCACAAGGAUUUCACUUUUGCUAACCUUAUAUCUGUGAAUUUUACAUCUGUGAAUUUUAAUAUUUCUUUUAAUUUUAUUUAAAUACAGCUGUAAUCUUUAUAUCAUUGCUAUCAGUUGAUCGGUCACGUCAUCAUGGCUAGAGGCUUAUCGUCAAAAGUCGACAAAAUGAAGAAACAACUUUUGCCUCGUAAGAAAUAUCAUAGUAUUGGUUUGUGCAAAAAUAAACGAAAAAACGGUGCACCAAAAGUUGUGUUAGAUUUCUUGAUAGACGAAACAUUUGUUAUCCAAAAUAACGAAUUAGUAGAAAUUACUGCACAGUUUGCGGAUAAAUUUAAGAUCUCUUCUAGACUUCAAUCGGUGAGACAGAAAGAUAGAAGAUAUAAUAAGAUUUUAGUAAGUGAAAAUGAGAUACAAGCCGCAUCCAAUUCCUCGGAAGCUGUACAAAAUAAUGUGGAAGAUAUUACACAAAAUGGAGAUAUAUCACAGAUCUCUUUGAGUCCUGAAUCAAAAACAAAAGUGAAAAAUUAUCCUAGUACUAGGCAGCGUAAAAAUAUAUUUAUGGAAAAAAAAGAUGACAAUACUUUGAUAAUGUCUCCUAACAACAAAUGUAAAAUUAAGAGUUUAGUUACAAAUCAGGUUGGUUAUGAGUACAGCAACAAAGAAUAGUUGGAGAAAAAUAAGAGAGAAACAAAUAAAGCAACAACAUGUAGCAACAAUAAAUCAAGUACAAAUAAUGUAUUGGAAGAACAUCAUCAUAAAGGCAAGGAAAAUAGAAAAAAUGGUGCUAUAAAAAAAGUAAAAAAUGCACAAGAAACGACGCAAACAAAGCAACUAUUUUCAAAUUAUAUACCUGUAACAAAAAUGACGAAAAUUUUGAAAAAACAGUCUUCACACAAUGUACAAUAUAUAAAAGGAAAUAUUCGUGUAAAUCCUAGUUCUUAUAAGUAUGCUUACUUACGCAUGGAAAAUGAUGGAGAGCGCGAUUUGUUAAUUGUGGGUUCACGUAAUAGAAAUCGUGCUUUUGAUGGAGAUUUAGUUGUAGCACAACUAAAUUCUGAAAAGUAUUGGCAUAAAUUUCCUAAUGGAGAAAUACAAAAAACUGGUAGAGUUGUUUGUAUAUUAGAAAAAAUACAUUCAAGAAAAGCAAUUGGAUACUUAAGGAAACAAGAUUCCCAUGUACUGUUUUAUCCAAAAGAUCGAAGAAUACCAUUAGUAGUUCCUGAAUCAAUACCGUGUUCAUUUUAUGAUCAACCUGAUCUUUAUAAGAAUGUGAUGUUUCUUAUUAAUAUUGAUUCCUGGGAAGAAUUUCAUGCAUCUGGGCGAAUUAUUUCGAUAGUCGGUAGAAGUGGUGAAAUAGAUACAGAGUUACAGGCAAUAUUAUUUGAAAACAAUUUAGAUAUAUCACCAUAUCGAAAAGAGCUAUUGGAAGGACUUCCAGAUAGUGAUAUUUUAACAGAUGCUGAUAUGAAAGACAGGGAGGAUUGGAGGCAUGAAUGUAUUUUUACAAUAGAUCCUGCAACAGCUGUUGAUAUAGAUGAUGCCAUUUCUUGUAAAAUUUUGGAUAAUGGAAACUAUGAAGUUGGAGUCCAUAUAUCAGAUGUUACACACUAUCUAAAAUUUUUGUCCCCGCUAGAUGUGGAAGUUUCUAAACGAGCUACCACCAUUUAUAUGCCACACACUGCUUACCACAUGCUACCUGAAAAGCUCUGUCACAUUUGUUCUUUAUCAGCCACUAAAGAUAGAUUAGCUUUUUCCAUAAUCUGGGAAAUGACAUCAGAUGCAGAAAUCGUGAAAUAUCGUUUUGCAAAAACUGUAAUAAGGUCAUGUUGUCAAAUGUCUUAUGACAUGGCUCAAGCCAUGAUUGAAAAUCCAGGAAAGACUGAAUUUAAAAAUUUUGCUAACAUGGAAGGAAAUCAUACAGUGACAUCAUUAUCCAAUAAAGUGAAUAAUUUAUUUAAAUUAUCCAUUCAUUUGCGAAAUAAACGAUUUGCUAAUGGUGCACUCAGAUUAGAUCAACCAAAGUUACAAAUAUGUCUAGAUACUACACUCAGUCAAGAAUGUGGAAUUCCAAUACCUAUAAAUUAUUGUCUAGAGGAAAGGAAAGAUAGUAAUAGUCUUAUAGAAGAGUUUAUGUUGUUAGCAAACAUGACAGUUGCUACAAAAUUGUAUACUGCAUUUCCUAAAACAGCUUUGUUACGUAUUCAUAGAGAUCCAUCGAAAUACUGUCUUAAUAUGCUUUGUGAUACAUUAAAAAAAUUUGGAAUUCAUUUAAAUAGCGAAACAGCUAAAAGCUUACAGGCCAGCAUUCGUCAUUAUCAAGAUGCAGAUAAUAAUGCAACCACAGUUAACACUUCUAUGAAAUACAUUAUGAUGGCUAUCAUAAAUCUAUGUUCCAAAACUAUGAUGCGGGCAGAAUACAUAUGCACAUCCACAACUUCUCUGUUACAAGAUUUGAAACAUUAUGCAUUAAAUGUGCCGCUUUACACGCACUUUACCUCUCCUAUUCGUAGAUAUUCCGAUUGUAUAGUUCAUCGUUUGCUCUAUGCAGCUAUAGAAAAUAAAUCUUUAUCAGAGAAAUGGACAGCCAAGUUGUGUUCAAAGCUUGCAGCUAAUUGCAAUGUGAAGAAGUAUAGUGCAAAACUAGCACAGGAACAAAGUACAGAAUUAUUCUUUUCAUAUAUGGUAGGUCUUGCGGACGGUUUUGAAGCUUCAGCUACUGUAUUAUAUGUGAAGGAAGACGGAAUAGAAGUUAUACUCUGUGAUAUUGGCAUAAAAUUAAAAGUAGAUCUUAAAGAAAUAGAACAUGAUGCUGCUGUAGAGUAUUUAGCGGAUCAUAUUACGAAUCAUGUACCCACUAUAACUAUUAAUUGGAAAGAACCUUCUAUUGUACAGGUGAUCAAUUUAUUUAGUUUGGUACAUAUACGUGUAGCAAAGAUUGCAGAAGAAUUGCGCUUAAAAGCAACCCUUUUACCACCGCUACAGUAAUAGACGAUUUAUAUUUUUAUAUAAUUGAUUUUACAAUUAGUGAUUACAUAAUAUUUAAAUCAUGACAGAAUUAUGCAGUGAUGAAUUUUCUAAUAAUACAUACAUAAAGUGAAAUGUAUCAGAAAUAAAUUGACGAAUUUGGAGGAUCACAGAUUAUAUGUACAUAUAAUUAUUCAGAAUAUAGAAAGCACGGAGUAUAAAUACUAUUAUAUGUAUAUAGUAAAUAUAAAUAACUAUAUUAAACACAAAAUAUAUAAUUCGUGAUUGUCAUUACAUUACAAACAUUAAAAAUCGCCAAAUAAAGAUCUAUUUUAGAUCAUCUAUUAAAAACAA